AUCUGAAAGUUUUCAACCUGUGAUCGCGGUAGGUGAUGCGAAUCGAAACCGGGGGCUCAUCCAACAAGCGGGACAAAGGAAUUUCCUACGGAUGGAAUGCACCAAAGUGAGAUAAUAUUAGGCAAAUAUUUUCACAAGGGGAGGGCUGCCUGUGACAUUUUUACAUUUUGGAGGAGUUAUAAGUUAUAAAAACAUGAUCGGGGACAAGAAGAAAAAAAAGCAGUCAUUGAAGGAGUUUGAGGAUCGAGUUGUUUGGUGAUGAACAGCACUGGUUUUGCACGAUUGAAAAAAAAAAAAAGUGGAUUAUAGCAGCUCAGAAGGCGAUACAAAUGUACAGGACAAACCAAAAAGGAGAACACAAGGGCUGUUGCCUUUGAUGAAGUAGAAACUGGCCUGUUCUAGAGCGUACACAAACCAGAAGACCACGGCGCCCGGAUUACGAGUCAGACAACACCCCUUUUUCCUGUGGAGGUACAUUCUGUGCUUAGAUUACUGCCUUGAACACGUUUUGAGGCGACAUGUUAAGUUUUGGAGCUGCUGGGCUUUUUUGAUUGUGAAGUGGGCCUUUUGGUUUAUACGGUGCACCCGGGUAUGAGCCACCGCCCUGUGUACUGGACCUAAGCUACCCACCCCUGCCCCUGCUCGCGGGACCCUGUGACCAUGCUGACCAAGCCCCCUGAACCAGCCAGAGCAGAGCCCCGACCCGCGCCCAACCCAGCCGUCCUCUCCACAGCAGCAUGUCCCAGCCAGAGGCACCCCCGCUGGCGGUCAACGGUUCGGGGUCCGGGGAGAUGGCUGGUGCUCAGCUACGCUGGGCCGCAUUGCUCAUCAUUAUGGUCAUCAUCCCCACCAUUGGGGGCAACAUCCUGGUCAUCCUGGCAGUGUCGCUGGAGAGGAAGCUGCAGAAUGCCACCAACUACUUCCUGAUGUCCCUGGCAGUGGCCGACCUGCUAGUGGGACUCCUGGUGAUGCCCAUCGCCCUCAUCACUGUGCUCUACAAUUCCGGGUGGCCUCUUCCGGAGUUUCUCUGUCCAAUCUGGCUCUUCCUGGACGUCCUGUUCUCCACAGCGUCCAUCAUGCACCUGUGUGCCAUCUCACUGGACCGCUACAUCGCCAUCAAGAAGCCCAUUCAGCACAGCCAGUAUAAGUCCAGGGCCAAAGCCAUGGCCAAGAUAGCAGUGGUGUGGUUCAUAUCUAUUGGUAUCGCAAUUCCCAUUCCCAUCAAGGGGCUGAGAAACUACCAUCUUCCCAACAAUGUCACCUUUAACAGCAACCACACCUGCCUACUGAAACCAGACAGCUUCCGAGAAUUCAUCAUGUUUGGCUCCAUGACAGCUUUUUUCAUCCCUUUGACUAUCAUGAUGGUCAUCUACCUGCUCACCAUCCAGGUGCUGCGCAAGAAAGCCUUUCUGCUCAGGUCAAAGGUGACCCAACGCUUCACUCGCCCAACCGUCUCCUCAGUCUUCCAGAGGGAGCAGUCUGUGGCUUCUCCCACAACUGAGAAACUGCCAGGAAAAUCCAUUUCUCCCGCCAACCCAAUCAUAGGUGACGAGAUCCCCAUCCGUCGCAUGUCCACCAUAGGCAAGAAGUCAAUGCAGAACCUGACCAAUGAGCAGCGUGCCUCCAAGGUGCUGGGCAUAGUCUUCCUUCUGUUUGUGGUCAUGUGGUGCCCAUUCUUCAUCACCAACAUCACCUCUGUGCUGUGCGCCAGCUGCGACGUCCAUGUGAUCGGCCGUCUGAUGGAGAUCUUCGUGUGGGUGGGCUACGUGUCAUCAGGCAUCAACCCGCUGGUCUACACCCUCUUCAACAAGACCUUCCGCCAGGCCUUCACACGCUACAUCACCUGUAACUACAGCAGCACCACUAACACGCCAGCCAGGCAAACUAGGGAACAGCAUGGCUGCAGGAAUCUGACACGGAUCGCCUUCCAUUCAUCUGUGGCGGAAAACUCCAAGCUGUUCAUGAAGCGGGGGGUGAAGAACGGCAUCGGGCCGGUGUGCUAUCAGAGCCCGCCGAGGCCACGGCAAGCACCCAUGGAGUCCUCUGCUAGCGUUCUACUGGACACUCUGCUCCUUACAGAGAAUGAGGAUUGCAAACUCAAAGAGCAUGUCAGUUAUGUGUAGUGCAAAAGGAAAUCAUUGGAACCAGAAAGUCAUGUGAAAAAGACAGCCCAGGCUCGAGUUGUCCAGGGGUUCAGGUGACAAGACACCUUCCUUGAGCAUCACUUCUGUGGAUUCGGUGCUAUUAAAAGAAAACACCGUGUGCUCUCAAGGGCGAAACAAAAUGCCGAUCUCUGUCAAACACUUUGGCGAGAAAGAAGAGGCCCUCCGAUUCUAUAAAGAGAUUGCUGAACAUUAGGAGUAAAAUGAGACAGCAAAUAGGUGCACCGAGGUAGUUAGUUACCUUCAAUAAAAAACGAACCCUAUAACGCUCAGGUCGGAUUGUCCUUAAGGAGGCUGCCAGACAGAUAAGGAAUGAGGACAGACGGUCUUGAAACACUCAAAGUGGAUACAAUGUGUAUUCCCAUGCCACCUUGGGCUAUUUGGUGGUCUGCUAUGGACAAUUUCCAUGGAGGAGAUGACAUGCUUACCAAUUGAGAGGACAAACACUCCUCCCACAUAAACUAGACAUUCAGCCUCCACAUCACACAGAGUUCUGAAGGAAUACACUAUAAAUGCCACCCAUUUUUACGGCAAUGUUUUGGUAAGUGUUUUAUAAACUGUGAACAGAUGUUAUGAAAAGUCACAAGACCUAUUUUCCCCGAAGUGUUAUAAUAAUCCACUUGGAUGUUUAUAUAUAUAUAUAUAUAUAUAUAUAUAAAUUCAACAUAGACAAAACCUUUGCAAAUGGGAAGCUUGUCAAAUACAAAAUGUAUAGCCUACGAAUGGAUGUGUGAUGGUUCAGAAAUGUAUAAAAACUGUGCUUGGCUUAAAGAAAAGCCGUGUCCUUUUUUACAGUUCUUAAGAGGAUCUUGAAAGCAGAUGUAACUACCGACCAAGUCAUCUUAUUUUAAACACGUCUUUAUCUCUGAAAAUACGUGUUUUGCAGCCGCAACGGCCGAUCUACUGUUUCACUUUCAUCAGAGUUUAUAUAGUGUCUCCUUGAUGGGGUGGUAAUGAAGCAAAGCAAAGCUAAAUGGACACGAGAGCCAAAAUAAACACACCAUAAACCACUGUGCUCGGAGUUCAUCGUCACAAACAACGACUACGAGGAGGCUGAAUCCUGAACGUUAAGUGCGUAGGGACAUGAUCGCUUUAUGAGGGGCAAUAAAAAGGGCAUUUUGAUUCAUUCUCCGUACCAGUGAAUUAAGUAACAACUCAAAAACAAUUGACUUCAUAUAAACCUAAAAAUAGAUUUUUAUGGUGAGUGUACUAAAUUAGUCCACAGCAUCAAAUCUAUAAUAAUAAGUACCAAGGAUGUACCACAUGGCCAGAAAUGUAAUGAGAGAGCCCAUGUUUGGUUCAUUUACAAAUUCCAAUGCAUAUUUCUGCCAUCCUGAGACGGUGGGGAGGAAUAUACCCAUGCCCUUUCGAAGCAGUUGGAGAGUGAGAGACGCCAGCACACCAGCGUUCACUCUGACCUUUGACCCACUCAGAGACAGCAGCUCUGAGCACCACGUCCUGGUUUCCCAAGACUGUAAGGGGGCCUGGAAGCCAUGGGGGGAGUGAGAGCUCAACUGAAUUGUUGCCGCUCAGGAGGAUCUCUAAACAGAGGAAGGAUUUACACUAGGUUUAUCUAACAGCCAAUUGAUCAUGUGAAUAUCACAUAGCCUUUUUUGGGCUUAAAAUAGUCCCACCAUUUUCCUCUGCUUGGCUCGGUGCCGUUUAAUGCUGCAGUGCUGCCUGGUGCUGUUGAAUGCUGCAGUGAUGCCUGAUGGGUAAAUUCACGUCAGAGAAUGAGUGAUAAGCCUCCGUAAACAGACCGAAAAACAAUAAUGUGGCUCGGGAGGAUGACAUGGAGCCAACGUCCUCAGACACUGAACUACCUGUAAAGGAGCCAGGAAGUAAUUGUAUCCUCUCAGCUAAAAGUUAACCUAAAUUCUGUCAUCCAUUUGCUGAGACGCUGAUCACUAGGUCAUGUUGAUAAUCCGCAUGCAAACCAAUCACACGAUCAUUUAAGAGUGCCAACACUAGGAAAGUGAGGGAUAGUUUGCAGCUGAUCAAUGUAGGUUAGGCUAUGCUUUCUGAAGAGUAAAAUCACUUCCAAAAAAGUGUCAUAUCUUUGAUCAUGAAUAGCAUUUAAAAAUUACAAGAGACUACUGAAACCAUUGCACAGACCAAAACAAGGGUGGUUCAAAGAUUAUUCAUGUUCCAUAAAUUUAACUUGGACAUGAAACAAAUUCACAUUGCUGAAACUUAAGCACACUUUCAAAACAUUUAACUGUGUUGGUUUUUCAAACGACAAAUGAUACCCAGCACUUACCAGGGUUGAGCUCAAUUCAGAAUUUUGGAAUAGAAUCCCAUUCAACUCUUGACUUGAAAUUCAAAUGGUCUACACCCCCACAGCAUGUAGAAUUUGAAUGACAGGAAGUAGAAUUUAAUUUGAUUCAAUUAAAAAUUCCACUAAGUCAUUGAA